UCAAAAAUUUUCUAGUACUAAGCCACUUGUGUCCCCGUAAAUUCUUAUCUCAUUUCAUUCCUUUUUUUUUUUUACCCCUGCCUGCAGCUAUUCUUUCUGUAAUGGCAAUGAAGCGCAACCGAGUUGACACCACAGAAGAGUUGACAGCAUCGUUUGCAACCAAGCAACAGCAACAGAAACAGCCAACAGAGGAUCAAACUAGGGUGAAAGCCAAGGAGAGUGAUCCACCAAAACUUGGUCAUUUUUUGGACAAUUGCCACUAUUGCAAGAAGCAUAUGCCAGUGGGUGUUAAAGUCCACAUGUAUAGAGACUUCUGCGGGUUCUGCUCUGUUGGAUGCCGUGAGAUACAAAUGGCACUUGAUAACCUGGCAGAAAAACAAGCAAAGCUGGCGCAAAAACAAUUACCCAGCUGCAGCGAUAAAGUGGAUCACUGAAACUAAAAGUUGAUAUAAAAAGUCAGUGCAGAACAAAUGAUGUUGAAUCUACUUUGAGAUCUUAAG